CGCACGUACUGCACGUUUGUUCGCACCCGCAUCCGCUCUGUAGGCGCUUGUUUUGUUUGUUUUGUGUCAUCCGUUCUCGGUUCGCACGCAGCGUUUACGAUCCUGUCGCGAGGAUCUCCGCCCGGUGCUGGCUGCACAGUGUGUUCGAGCCGCUACUUUGUGAUAAAGGUUCCGGUUGUGCUCCUAUGUUCGGUUCGUUUUCGACUGAUUGUUUCAGUCGAAGAAAGAAAAAGAAUUGAUUGGCUGAUUACCGGUAGUAUCGGAAGAUCCAAAGGAAGGAGAAAUGUGAACCGCAAGCUUGCUGGAUAGAACGUACAACCUGUUCAGUGUGAAAUAUUGGUGGGUUAGACAUCUUCGAAGUGGUGUUGACUUGACAGAUGAAUCGAUGUGCAAAGUUACGCAGCAGUUGGAGCGAAUAGAAGAGUGUUAACAAUAAUUGCAAUAAAUACUGCAACAAAAUAUUGAGAAUGAAAAUAAACUUUUGAUAUUAAUAUCAAACAUUUAGUGAUAGUGAUGAUAGUAUGUGAUGAUUCAAAAGUGAUUGUGUUAGUAGUUUUGGAGUAAAAUAUUACUGUACGUUUGUGCUAAGAACGAAGAGCUGAAGUUAUUCAAAAGUGAAGCGAUCCGCGGGAAAUUGGAGGAAACACUUUUGCGUAGUUGGACGGACCUCUAAAAUCAGUGUCAACAAUCGACAAAAUGGAAUCGGACGGAGAGCGUGACAACGGCUACAACCAUUACAACUCACCCCAGCACCAGCAAUCUGCACAGCAGAGCUACCACCGAUCCUACGAGGAUUAUAUCCACCCCCUGCAGCAGCAGAGUCAACAACAGAGCCAACAACAGUCCCAAUCUCAGAGCUCAGCAGCCGGUUCUCCGCUGCCAGGUCACCACUCGACUGGAGGUAGUGGUAGUAGUGGUGGUGGAAAUAUGCUGGCACCGCAAAGCCCCAGUAUGCUCGGAUCUAGCAGUAACGGCAUGAUGUCUUCUCCGUUAAUGCAAUCCCACUCUCCCCUGCUUUCGUCUAAUCCUUCCCUGCUGAAUUCACAAUCCCCGCUACUCUCCAACUCACCACUGAUGAGUCAGUACUCUCCCUAUCAGGAUGUCAUCCCCACGAUCCUACCCCAAGACGACCCGAGCGGUUGGGGUGGUUAUGCCUUGGCCCCUGGUCCCUAUCAGAGUGAAUUCUGUGCAUCCAACUAUGGUGUCCUUCAUCAGCGGCAACAGUAUGGUCCCGGUGCGCACGGGAAAAUGGGCCCGCAUGGGUCGCUGAAAAGUGCCAAAGAAGCACGCAUCCGGCGGCCAAUGAAUGCAUUCAUGGUGUGGGCCAAGGUGGAACGGAAGAAGCUUGCCGACGAGAAUCCAGACCUGCACAAUGCCGAUCUCAGCAAAAUGCUAGGAAAGAAGUGGCGUUCGCUAACGCCUCAAGACCGCCGACCGUACGUAGAAGAAGCCGAACGGCUUCGAGUCAUCCAUAUGACCGAACAUCCCAACUACAAAUACCGACCACGCCGUCGGAAGCACACAAAGGCUGCUCGAGGUGGAGGACCCGGCACUAACGGAGGAGCCGGCAAUCAAUCUGUUGUGACAAACAAUACUCAAAACGUCAACGUGAGCAACUCUUCCCCGAGUGAACUCAACUAUGACGGUGAUUCAUCGCAGAGGAUGAGUCCGUAUAGUUACAACCCGCAUUAUUACUCUGGUGCGAAUAAUGUCCUUAACACGCCAGAUUCCAGUCCAACACAAAGUCCUUCACCGGUGCCGCCAACCAUUGUGCCUGCGUCUGUUAAUAGCCGGAAGCAUACUGGCGGUUCCGUUGAUGCAAAUCAGAAAAUGGACGACGUCUCCUCGGCGCUACCUACACCGGAGAUGAGUCCGCUUGAGUUGGAGAAAGAAAGUUAUAACGGAAUACCUAGUAGCCACGGCUACGAUGAUCUGAAGAGUAAACAGAAGUUAUCUUACGAUAGCUACAACAAUAUUAAAAGUGAACAAAAACUGCCUGCCACAUUCCCAAAUAGCUACGAUCAUGACAGCGAAAUCAAACGAGAAUACAGCUCCGCUGGUUCCUACAUGAGUUCUGGAUCCGAAAAGCGAUACUCGUACGAUUCACCUCUCACCAAUGGUCUGCACGACAAGCGGAACUAUCACUGCACUAGUAGUGGAUCGACAACGACUACAGCCAUGGUUAACGGCAUGUACGUAAUGUGUACGAAUCGAAGCAUUCUUGAUCAAGGACAUAUUGUCACCGGAACAUACUUCCCUCCUUUGGCGACUUCCGAAGACCACCAGACCCUAGGAACCACUUUAACGACAACCCAUGUGCCGCAUCUCAGUACAAACAACAAUAAUAACAGUAAUAAUCACAAUCACGGCAAUAGUAACAACAAUAAUAACAAUAACAUCACCUCUGGAAAUGGCAGCAACCACAGUCUCAGUAAAACUAACAAUGGAUUACUGAACAGUAUUCAUCUUAGUAGCAGUGGAAAUUCAAGCCAACUGGCGCAACAAUCACCGCAUCACUCUUCAUUAACUGCCGACCAAAUUAACAAUUAUUAUGGCGUCAAUUCACUAUCGACAGGCCUACCAGCCUACUCAUAUGCCUACAAAGACUAUGGUAUCACCUACGAAUCGCCAUCGCUGACGCAGGACGACGUAGAUUCCCGGGAGCUUGAUAAAUAUCUCAAGUACCCGGACAGUAAUCACAACUUCAACAGCUACGAAUCGUACCAUCAUAGUGGUGCCAUUUACGGUCAUCCCCAGACCGACUACUACAAUUACCAUCAACAGAAUGCCAGUCUUUUAGUUCAACAACAGCAGCAACAGCAGCAGCAACAACAACAACAACAACAGCAACAGCAACAACUCUCACUGGGGUCGGCAUCUCCCGCUGGUAGCAGCCAUGGAACCGCUGGUACGGUAGGGAACUCCGGGGGAAAAGCUGACGGUAUGAUUGGCGCAUCCGCUCAUCUACCGACUACUCCAGUGGCACUGUAUGCACUUCCAUUACAGCAUUCUCAGCUAGCGGCAGCUCAGCAACAGCACCAGCAGCAGCAUCAGCAACACCACCAUCAUCUUCAGCAGCAGCAUCAGCAACAACAACAACAGCACCUCGCGCAGUCGCACCAUUCGCACGGUCCGAGUACGCAUGGUAUGACCGAUAUCUACGUCACCAGUGAGCAGCUCAAGGAGGACGAGUUUAGCAACAUACUGGCCGGUGUGCGGAAGACCUGCUACAGUAACUAGGAGCGGUAAGGUAUCAGGGAGACGAUUUGGUGUUGAUUUGGAUCUGGACUAAAGGAUGGAGGCUUGGGUUUUUGGUUUGAGAAUUUUCGAGGGUAUCUCGUGAAACAAUUUUUUUGGUUUUUUUUUGCAAAGAAGGUAUAAGUUUUCAGGGUAUCUCAAAUGAAAUGAACUUUACACGGGAAAUGUCAUUUAUACCUUUUCGUAGUUGUUGGUCAAACUUACUGGCUUUGUCCGUUUAGACGGUAUGUAGAGCAGAGAUGCCAGAACUAUUUUGUGUAAAUCCGCCGAUUUUUUCAAAUCUACGAAUUACGACGGAUUUUUUCGGUUUUGUAAAAUUUCGUAUCAAAAGUGAAAAUUUGUGUUUACAAUCAAACGACAGACCAUAUAAAUUGUAAUCAUUCAAAAGAUUUAUGUCGUUAGUUUGGCUUAAAUUAAGAAACGAAUUCCGGGAAUUCAAUUGAAUUUAUUUGUUUGUUAAACCCGCGGACAGCAAACUGAAAAAAUCAAUGUAGAAUGAUGAUAUGUAGAAUGCAGAAUGAUGAUAUGUUAAAAAACGCAACCAUGGAUGUAGUAACAAUAACAAAACCUUAUUUAUUUGUAAACAAACACUGCAAAAGAGAAAUCUGUGCAGGUCGAAUAAAGUCGCAGUUAUCAGUCCUGAUGUUUAUUUAAUGCGUUGAAAAAUCUUAAACAGUUUUUUUAAUUUGGAAAAAUAUUCAUAGAUCAACACUGUAUAUCAUUAGCAGUGGUGGGCACCGCUAACUGGAAAUUUAGCGACGCUAAUCGCUAAGUCGCUAACCGGAAAAUUUAGCUCGAUAAUCGCUAAACGCUAAACCCACAUUAGCGGAACUUUCGCUAAUCGCUAACUUUUCAAUAUGUAAAUAGUCAUAUCGCUAUAUUUAUUGCUCGUGUUUUGUAAGAUUUGGACCACUUUGAUCUGUUUUGGUUGAACAAACGAAAACAAUUACUUUUUAAAGCUAUUUACAGUAAGAGGUUUACGAAACAGUAUUCUUAUUUGAUUUUGUAUAAACAAGAAUAACAAAAGUUAUUUAGUUUGCAUUGAAAAUAGAUACUCUUAAAAAAAGUUUUCAUAAAAAUUCAAUUAUUAUCUGAAUCGAAAAAGAAUAACCAAGGUUGUCAUAAUUUCAAGCGCAGUGCAAUUUACCAAAAUUCUUGGUGUGCCGAAAAUUCAAUCUAGAUAUUGUGCUUGUUCUUCAAAAUGCUCCUGUGGUUUGUACGAUAACUGAAACUCCAUUCUAGGGUGAAAAACUGACAAAAGUAACUUUCGCAGUGAAGUAUGUUCAUCUUUCGAAGCAAUUUACGUACGCCAUCAGCAAUUCACAGUUUUUCCUAAAUAUUUCUAUUGUCGCUUCUCUACAAGAUUUAGCGAAUUAGCGAUUAGCGUUUCGAAGGCCAAAAUUUUAGCGACGCUAACAGUUUCGCUAACCAGCUCAAAAAUUAGCGAAAUCGUUAAAUCGCUAACUGAAUUUUAGCGUCGCUAAUUAGCGAAUUAGCGAAUUAGCGGAAUGGUGCCCACCAUUGAUCAUUAGUGACAUUAGAUUUCAUCAAAGACUCAGUGUUUGUGCUCUACUUGACAUCAACAGUUUUCCUACGAUCUAUCGAAUAGUCGCUAGAAAAUAAUUAUCAUUUUUAAUAGGUACUAUUUCUCUAUUUCGCUGCUUCAAAAAUGCGUUUUUUGUAAAGAUUUAAACGUGUUACGUUUUGAAUGUCAAAACUUUUACAUUGUUUGCUAUUGUUCAUGGUGGCAACAACAACGUCUUUACGACACAAUGAAUUAAUGUUACAUAUGUUGAACAUGUUUGUGUAAUGAUGGGGAACAUCCAUAAAUGACGUAGCUUUUUUUAGGGUUUUUGAUGCUCGACCUCGGGGAAAAAUUCAACUUUAUUUCGAAAAAAAACAGUUAUCUAUGAGCAUUCAAAGUUUUGCCCAUUGCAAGCUAUAACUUUGUCUCAUCUUUCGGCAGAGCUCGAAUACCGUUACAAUAUAAAUGUUCGUCUUUUAAAACUACUAUGGCUUUUAUGUCUUCAUUUGAACUGAACUGUUGAUCGGCCAGACCAUGUGCCGUCGAACGGACAAAGUAAUAAUCGGUUUGGCGCAAUACCUUGGGAAUAUUGCGGGUGAGGUAGGAUUUCUCAUUUGGGCAUUUCUAUAUACAGAAUGACAACGUGAAAGUGAUACACUUUUUUUAUGUCAUAAAACUCAAACAAGUUUUUAUUUCUCUUCGGAAUCGAAUUUCAAUAUCAUCUAAAAGUAGUAAAAUUACAAUGUACUUAGUUGAGUUCAAAUCUUUCACCUUUGUGUUUGUUAACGGCCCGUAGACGCUGCCCAACAUCGUCCAACUUUCCUAGCAUGUAUCCCCAGAUACUGAAGUCUAGCGCGCUCAAAUCCGGUGACAGCCAUUCAGAUGAACUGAUGAAACAAGGCAAAUUCUAAUUACACCAUUUCUGAACGAUAAAUGCCUUAUGCGCUGGUGCUGAAUCCUAUUGAAAGCAAAAACUGUCUGUACCAAAAAGCAUUUUAGCGCAAGGAUGCAAAUGGCCUUUGAUAAUGUGUUGCAAGUAGUAUUCCUUGUUUAUUUUCACGCAAUGGUAAUUUCUCUUUAAUCGAUAUAACUCCCCAAACACUGAAGACAUAAGAAAGGAUAUUAUUCAGUAGCAUAUCCAAGACUUCAACCUUAUAUUUUGCUUUUUCAACGACGAAUAUUUAGAAGCUGUCUGCGAAAUCGAGACUGGAAUGCGAUUAUAUUAUAUAUAAUUAUUAUAUAUAAUAUUUUACAUUGUAAUUUUCACGACAAAGGCAAUUCUUCACUGAAGAAGUUAUGAUUGAGGUCUAUUUCAUUCCAUCAUGACGAAAAAAUUAGAAUAACCUACCCCUAACGGGAGAAAUAUCCAAAACAAGAAAAAUAUCUUCAAGCGCUGUUUUCUCAACUUGAUGAUUUUCCAGAUGGGACUGAUAUGCGAUUAUACGCAGUAUAAUGGGGCUUAUUACGGGAGUCACUUCACGGUGAGAUGACAACCGUAAUAGGCACGGUGAAAGUAAUUCCCAUUUGAUUUGUACGUGUUUUUUUUUUAUCGUGAGAUUUUUUCAUUUCGUUCUCACCGUGAGGUGACAUCUGUAAUGAGCCCCAAUGAAUCCUUUUUUUCAUCACUCGUCACGAUGCAAUUGAAAAAACCCUUUCUUUAUUGACGUUGGAGCAGUUGUUCACCGGCGAAAAACGACGCUCAACGUUCCUUGGCUUGUCCCUUGGACCAAAGCUCCUUGUUUUUGAAUCAUUCCUUUAUAAUCAUUCCAUAACUCCUGUAAUUGGUCUAAAUUUAUCCAGAAGGUUUUAGGUCUUUCUUUCCGCAGACAGUUGCCUUUAAAGCGGUGGAACCAACUUACAGGGUGCUCAAUAAGUUCGAAUAGACUUUCAAAAUGUGUUAAAACUGAAAAUACAAAAUAUUCCUUUCUGAGGCAAUUUUUAUUAAGACAAUGUUUGUUGAGAACCUUUACAACAUAUUACCUGACAGCAUUUGGUCCAUCGGCAUCUCAUCCCAGAUCUUGGAAAUGAGCUUCUUAUGUUGGUCCAUAGUGCUCACUCUAUGUUCGCUCUGCCACUUUUUUCAAAUGGUGAUAAAAAAAACUAAAACAGACAAUUGAGUUGGAUGAAUUUCCCAUGGAAGGUAAUCGUGUUAGCUUACUCGCAAAAAAAUAUUACGUCCUUGCGUGCGGCCUUCCGGCAGUUAACCGGAACAUUCGCCUUGGCGGACGAAAACAUGCGUGUGACAUGUUUUUAGGCUCUUCCUUCGUUUUUAUAUCAAUUCCUCCUCCGUUUUCGCGACAAAAUUAUUGGAAAAGAUCUUGCGCCUCAAGUUUGCCCAGAAAUUCUCGAUGGGACGCAGCUGGGGAACCUUGGGCGGCUUCCGCGGACUUCUGUACCACAUCGAUAUUUAGCCGCUCCAUCUCCUCCAACGAUCGCUUCGUGUAGUGAGCCGACGCCCAAUCUGGCCAGAACACCGUGUCUUCGUCCUUAUGGUAUUUCUUGAUGAACGACGCAACUUCUGGAAGACACUUCGUAUGAUAAAUUUUCCCGUUCACGGCCAACCCGGAGCGAAAGAAAAGCGGCUUUGACAUCCCCUUCUUGCUGAUUGUCAGCCACAGCAGCACCUUCUUGGGGAACUUGGUGUGUGAAAUAAAUUUCACUUCGGAGAUCACUUCCUUCGUGGGAGAAGUGACAUACGAAGUACCCUGCCCGUCGUUGCCAUCCAGGAUGUGAUAGGUCUUGUGGUCCAUCACCACUGCCACGUCGUGAUUCGCCGGGAAAACCGACUUGACCAUCUUAUUCAGGCGCUGUCGCUGCAUCAUUGUCUGCAGCUCCGAGAUCAGUGGACGGGAUCGCCGCUUCCUGACAUGUAUGUCCAGGUUCUUCAGAUACUUUUUCACUGUUUUACCGCAUGCACCAACCUCCCGGCCAAGUGCACGCAACGAUUUAGCCACCUUUUCCUCGUUCUUCCUCUUAAGCAUCUUUUGAAGCUUCUUGUCGUACAGGGUCGUUGGCUGUCCGGAACCGGGCUUUCUUUCGAUGCUCUGAUCGUUGUUCAAUAGUGUCAAGAUGUUGUAGAUACCGGAACGGGCAUACCCGGCGUCCACAAAGUGCCGCACGAUGCCCGUUUUUGACGCGGCGGGGUACCGUUCUUUGAACGCGCACACUUUUGAACGGAGUAGCUUCACUUUUUUCACCAUCACAGUUAGAAUUUGACUGAUAAAGCUGUCAAUUUUUUUUGCUAACUCAUGAGUAACUAUGAUGCUGCAGUUUCGUCAGUGCGAUUAAAGGUAAACCCAUGAAAAAUCGGCAUUUUUUGUCCAUUUUUUUACCGCAAACGUUAGCAUGUACGAUCAUACAUAAAAGUCCAAGGGGCUCAGGUCCCGAGAGCUGGAAGACCACAGAAUCUCAUCGAGAAAAUCAGUCAAAUUAUAGUCAAAUUUUUCCGACACCACGCUUUGACGAUAUUGGCCGUGUAGACAGGUGCACUGUCCUGUUGAAAGACGUUAUAACCCUUACAGUAGCGGUCCCAAACUUCCGGGGCCACAACCUUCUCCAGAACUUCGAUAUUAUAGUGCGCGGCGUUGAUGUUCAUGUUUUUCCCGAUAAACACCAGUGGGAGCUUCCCACGCCUGGAUGAGGCCCCCAGACCAUCAUCGAUGGGGCUCUGUGAAACCGCGGGAUGUUUAUGUGGAACUAGAGCUAAUGUCGCCAGCGUCGGCGCUAACAACCGACCGUUUUGGAUAUUGUGCACCUGUAGAAGACAAACAGUUUCUCAUCAGAAACACGUACUCUUGACCUGCGUGCGGCGAAAGUAUCAAUUUGGCUUUGUCCAGCCUCCUCUUCGUUGUAGCCUCCAUUACCCAGUGAACCUUGCGUUUCUUGUACGGCUUGUAUCCCAGGUCCUUCGUCAUGGUGGUGUGGGGGACAGUCUUUAUCGACACACCCAGGUCUGUAGUGGUCUUCCGGAGCGAGCGGUUCAUUUUUAAACGAACCCGCUCCCUCACCACUUGGCUGCUGACGCCCUCACUGAACGUGGCCGCCCAAAUCUUGCAGGAUCCUCGCCAGAGCCCGUCUUUCAGUACUGACGGAUGGUGGUAUAAAUAGAUUAUAUUCCACUUAACUCGCUCGCCUCUCAUAAAAAAAACUUUAUUUCGACGCACAGUGGUACGUGGUACGAGAGCUCAAAAUCGUGAAUAUUUUUCAUUUACCCUCCAAAUACUGCUUUUAUUGACAUGUCAUCUUCUGGAGAUAUUUAGUAUAUAGUAGCCUCAAAAGUGAACACAAUGUUUAGUUCAGAAUUGCGCCGUCAGUGGCGCUGCGAAAUCUAACUUUUCAAUCUUUCACUUAAAAGAAAUGGUGUCUUCGGCAAAGUUGUAGAUCACAAAAACAGUCACAACAAAAUUUGCUGAAGACUUUUUUCUUCUGACUUCUCUUGUUCGUGUAAGACUAGUCCUUAAAUUUAUUUUUUUUUUAUUUCAAAUAUGUGCAAGACUGCCGUAUUAAGAGGUAACAAAGUUCAGCUUAGAUUUGUAUAUCAUCCAAACACACAAUUUUGUAGAAGCCACAAAAAGAUUGCUUCUACACAGACCGAGUUAUUGCCAAAAAUGAGCUCAAAUCUAUCUUCUCAAUUGUCUAUCUCUUGUUUUGGAAAUAUAACGCUUUAUAAUAGACUAGUCUAUCAACUAAGAUUUUUUUUAAUAUCUAAAAACUCUAGCAUUUAGAAGGCAAAAAUGUUUUAAAUAUAUUCGUAUAUUUCUCUAAAGUGCAUUACUGAAAAGUUUGAUUUUGCAGCGCUACUAGCGGUGUAGAUGCAAUCUAGAAUUUCUUGUCAUUCGUUGAGUUUUUUUUAUAUAGGGUAAAUUAACCUAUAGUGUUCCCCUUUCCUAUAGAGGACUACCCGCCAGAUAAACCUAAUUUCUGUAAAAAUUAAAACGAUUUUCAGAAAACUUCCAUCGGAAACAUCUUAUCCAGCCAACCUCGAUCACAAACAUUUAUUGAUUUCGAUUUACGUUGAAAAAAAUUCAGGUGGUCCACUAUAGGUUAAUAAAGCAAAAUAGUCCACUAUAGGGUAAUUUACCCUAAUAAAUAUCUUCUGGAUAUAAUAUAGUAUGUUAAUAAACCCAGUAUUUGAACAAUAAAUGAAAAAAAAAAAUCACGAUUCUAAGAUCUCGUACCAAGGUGCGACGUCGCGGUACUUUUUCAUCGUGGUGAUAAACAAACAGCAAGUGACAGCAAGUCGAUACCGUACGCAACGGUAGGCUUAUAUAUGAGGCUAACGCUUGUAUUCGAACUUAUUGAACACCCUGUAGAUCAGCGUUUCCGAGAUCUUUUUACAACUCUCGAUGCGCUUCAGCCGCCGUUUCUUUGAGAAAAGUAACACACGGUACUCUCACAGACCGUUAUUAUAAAAAAAUGCACCAACAGAUCUGAGUGUGCCAUUCGAUUCGUUGUGACGCACUGAAUCUGGUCAAAAUAACAAAAUUGUCACGUCGUCGAUACAAUUGUCGUCGAUACACUAUUGAGUAAGGGGCCAUCCACAUUCCACGUGGACAGAUUUUUAACGAUUUUGACCACCCCCCUUCUCGUGGACAAAUGCCCAUAUAAAUUCUAAAAAUUUUGUAAGGAUCGUGUACAUUACACGAAGACCCCCCCCCCCCCCCUCCAAGCUGUACACGUGGUAUGUGGAUGGCCCCUAAGGUCAUUUUGAAGGUCGUUAAGCACAAAAAGUGAUAUAAAAACUUUGAAUGAACGCUUUUCAGCAACUGUUCCUUCAAAAACUGCCAAAAUGUGCUCCACACAUCCCAAGAGUUAUAUUUCAUGAUAUUUACGAUUGGUGGAAAGAUUUAUCUGAAAAUCUCAGCACAAAUGUCCAAGCUCGAAAAAUCGUGAUCGUUUUAGAUUUGACUGUGGAAAAUUAAUUUUAUGUAUCCAAUGCACAUGAGACGGUCCCCAUAUAGAGGUGCGUUAAAAAUUACCAAAACGCAAAUUUCAUAUUAAGAAAUUUUUGAGCACAUGAUUCUGAUCUAUAUUUCCAUGUUCCGAAUGAAGUCUUGGUACAUAAAACGGUUUGUGUUGAGAAACACCUCCAAAGUUACCUCUCUCAGAAAUCAAAGAAAACAGUUUUUCUGAAUAUGUUGAAAUAUAUAAAAUGUUUCUAAAGCUGUUAUGAUAUGUUUUCAUUCAAUUAAAAGCUCAUUAUGAUAGCUUUCUUAAACUGGAAGAGCAAUUGAUUUAUACCCUACGUUGAACAUAUGCGAAAAACACAUUCAAAUACAUUAAAUGUAAGCAUUGAUCCUGAUAAUGUGCCAGAAAUGGCAUUCAAGAAUCACUGUUAACUGUGCAAAAAAAUUCACGUUUUUGGAGAAUGAGAUGCUUGAAAGGUUUUCAUGUUUUCUGUAACUUUUGAAUUUUUGGGUGAUUUAUCAAUAAAAUUCUUAGUAUAUCAUACCAGUUCGGUUUUAAACACAUUGAGAAAAUGUAAAAUUAGUAUAAUUAUUCGUUUGUAUAUAUUGACACGUUUUUUUCAUUGUUUCGGAAAAAUAGAUUUGCCUCAAUUAACGUGAUUUAUGAACAACCCCUUGUCACUACAACACUUUUCUCAUAUGACGAAAUCAUCUACAGUGGAACAGUGUAACAGUAACAUUUGUCACCAACAAAAUAAUUUCGACCGCAAAUCUUCAUUUUUCGACCAUUGUGCACACUGCACAGCAAGUUCAGCUAGUUUGUUUCAUAAAAUUAAACCUUACUUUUGACGUCUCCGGUUUUCUAUUAAUCCCUCUAUGAACUGGUAGAGGGUAUAAGGUUUUUUUACUCUAAUUUUCCAAUAUACCAGAUUGCUUCCUUCAGCAAAGUUGUAGGAACACUUCCCGCAACUGACGAUUGUUUGGUAUAAAACCAGCCAUUUUCACACAACUUUUCUUUGAAUGAAAUGAGAGAAGUAGAACUUUCCGCAGAUAACGAAUACCAGUUACGCUGUAGCAGUACACAAGGCAAUAAAUAAAGUAUGCUACAAAGGCCACACGCUCCUGUACAGGUCGAUGAGAAGAUACCAAUAUACACACAGCGAAUAUGGUUGUAUGUCAUAUUACCACUGUGUUACUGGGCCUGAAUUCAAUAGUGGUUCGAAGUUCUCUAAACAAAUUUGUAAGAUCUUCCUUAGAUCAACGAUAUUUUUACUUAAAAUUUUUCUCAAACGUGAGGCCGAUGUGCCAUUGCGAGCGAAUGACAAUUCGCUAAGAAUUCUUUCGGUUAUCUUUUUGAUGUCUGUUUUAGGGGCUAAGUCAUUCGCAGGACAAAUAUAUGGGGAUAUUUGAACUUCAAACUUGUAACGGAGAGAUUGGUGGACAUAAGUUCAUUCUGUAUGUAGUAAAGAUAGACCAAGUUUUAUCUCAAAAGAGUACUGGCGACUAGGUACAUCACCCUUCAUUUUAUUGAGAAUACCAAACAAUUUUUUUUUUGUUAUAAGCGGAUUUAAAUUGAUGGGCGUGAAAUUUCGUACACGUUUACGUAUGGUAUUAAACAGAAUAAAUGAUAUAUUGAACAUUGUUUUGAUGAAUUUGUAUUUGUAUUUGUAUUUGAUAAAUUUUCAUUUGCAGUCAGUGUAGAUCCUGCAGUCGACAUAUAUUCCCAGGCUCUCAAGGAUGCAACAUUGAACACAUGACAUGUAAUAGUAUUGUUUAGUUUGAAUCAAAUUGCGAGGAUAAUAUAAUUAACCAGAUUCGCCUUUGAAUAACUUUUUAUAUUCGUCUCAGAAUUCGUCGAUUUUACAUUGGAAACCUAUUUCAAUUAUCUACAAAGUUAAUUUUUAUCAAGUGGACUGGAGUUCUGAUGAAAACAAAUUUUGAUUUUUGAAGAAUUUCAUCGGAGCUGCAAUAAGUUUUACACCUUGAAGAGAUUUUUU